AUGUACAUCACCACAGCACUGCUGUUGCUGGUAUUAAUAGUUGAUGAAGUGAGAUCCUCUGAGUUUGCAACUCCUUGGCAGGACUCUUCCACUGGCAGUGGCAGCAGUGGUACCGGUAGUGCUACUAGUAGCAGUAGUUACAGCCGUACUCUGGAACCUCACAAAUUUGGAGCUGGCGGACGCAUGCCUUCCAUGGAACAAGCCAUGGAGGCUGUCUCUUCUCCGUAUGAUCCCACGUCCAAUCUGGUAGUUGCAUUGCCUUGUCAAGACGGCAUCAUUGUGGUAUCCACACUUCCCACUCUACUCAGUCCAAAUUCCCUCUUUCUACAUUCAUACAUUCAUGAACAUGAGCAUGAAAACAAUAGCAACAGUACUACUAGUACUGCUACUACUAUCAAUAUGACCAAUCUGGCAACAGACAUCUUGACAGCAGCAGAGACAUCCGUCCAGACUGUUUCUACUCCCUUUAUGCCACUGACAACUCACACGAGCCACCUGGCAGUCUCGGCUGGCAAUGCCAUGCAUUCCCACAUUCUUCGACGAAAAAUCAUACAAGCGCAUGCCAAAUCCAUACGCAUUCAACACGAUGAUGGAUCUCCCAUAAUGAAAAGCACGACGAAGAAUGCUCAUGUUCAUGGUUGGACUGUCCAACACUUGGCACGUCAGAUUGCCGAUCAAUGCCAAAAGGCUACCCAAGGACAGGACGAUGACGAACGAAAAACGCCCUUGUUAGUGAGCUCGACCUUGUUGGUAGACUGCAGCUCUACUCAUGAUGAUUCUGAUGCUCAGGGAUGUAUUUGGCAAAUUGAUCCAACGGGACAAUUCUGGAGGUGUCAAUUGGCCAUUGUGGGAAACGGGGCCAAGGAAGCCACCAAUCAUCUACUGGAAUGUAUACGUACCAAGCAAAAACAACGACAACAACAACAACAACAAUUACAGGAGGAAGGGGAAACUAAAGAGGGAGACUAUAAAACGGAUCCAAAGGACGACACGACAACUACCGAGAAGAAGGGUGGUGAUGUGGAUGAUGAUGAUGACGAUCUUGCAGAGUCCUACGUCUUUUUGAGAGAGUAUCUAAGGACUCUAUCCGCACCAGAUGCGACACAAUUAGCAUUGGAAUGCAUACUGGCUAGCAUUCAAAAGAACAUGGCUCUGAUGCUUCCCCAGCUACAACAAAGUACUACACUUCAACCGCAAUCUUCCCGCAGCAGCAAUGUCAAGGCAGAAGAAGCUGCUCUUGCCGGAUUACUGUUGUCCUCCUCUAUGAGACACCAUGGACGACUGCCGUUCGCUGCUCGUUUGGUGCCCUUUCUCUCCAGCCAACAAACAACCAAACAACCAAACAACCAUGUUAGUAGAGCAGGGAUAAAAAGAUAG